GCAGCUUUGACCGUAGGAAAGGGCAACUGCUAGAGCCAUGAAGCUCCUCAGCAGGGCCGGGUCCUUCUCGAGAUUUUAUUCCCUCAAAGUUGCCCCAAAGCUUAAAACUUCAGCCCCUGGAGGAGUGCCUCUGCAGCCUCAGGAACUUGAGUUUACCAAAUUACCAAAUGGUUUGGUGAUUGCUUCUCUGGAAAACUAUGCUCCACUAUCAAGAAUUGGCUUAUUCAUUAAAGCAGGCAGUAGAUAUGAGAACUACAACUACUUGGGAACCUCUCAUUUACUACGUCUUGCAUCUACUUUGACUACCAAAGGAGCUUCAUCUUUCAAGAUCACCCGUGGAAUUGAAGCAGUUGGUGGUAAAUUAAGUGUGACUGCAACAAGGGAAAACAUGGCAUACACUGUAGAAGGCAUUCGGGAUGAUAUUGAAAUCCUGAUGGAGUUCCUGCUCAAUGUCACAACAGCACCAGAAUUUCGCCGCUGGGAAGUUGCUGCCCUUCGGUCUCAGCUAAAGAUUGACAAAGCUGUUGCCUUUCAGAACCCACAGACUCGUAUCAUUGAGAACCUACAUGAUGUUGCCUACAAGAAUGCCUUGGCUAAUCCCUUGUACUGUCCUGACUAUAGGAUGGGGAAGAUAACAUCAGAGGAAUUACAUUACUUUGUUCAGAAUCACUUCACAAGUGCAAGAAUGGCUUUGGUUGGACUUGGUGUGAGUCAUUCUAUCCUAAAGGAAGUUGCUGAACAAUUUCUCAACAUUAGGGGUGGCCUUGGUUUAGCUGGUGCAAAAGCCAAAUACCGCGGAGGUGAAAUUAGAGAGCAGAAUGGAGACAAUCUGGUCCAUGCUGCUAUUGUAGCAGAAAGUGCUGCCAUUGGAAAUGCAGAAGCAAAUGCAUUUAGUGUACUUCAGCAUCUUCUUGGUGCUGGACCACAUAUCAAAAGGGGCAACAACACCACCAGCCUCCUGAGCCAGAGUGUUGCCAAAGGAAGUCAACAGCCUUUUGAUGUUUCUGCAUUUAAUGCCAGUUACUCAGAUUCUGGGCUCUUUGGAAUUUACACUGUCUCCCAGGCUGCUGCGGCUGGAGAUGUUAUCAAUGCUGCCUACAACCAAGUAAAAGCAGUUGCUCAAGGAAACCUUUCCAGUGCAGAUGUCCAGGCUGCCAAGAACAAGCUGAAAGCUGGAUAUCUAAUGUCUGUGGAGACUUCAGAGGGCUUCCUGAGUGAGAUCGGGUCACAGGCUCUAGCUACAGGCUCUUACAUGCCACCGCCUACUGUCCUUCAGCAAAUUGACGCUGUGGCUGAUGCCGAUGUUGUAAAGGCUGCGAAAAAGUUUGUUUCUGGCAAGAAGUCAAUGACAGCAAGUGGAAACUUGGGACAUACGCCUUUUCUUGACGAGUUAUAACAGAUGCAUGUAUCCAAGUCUCAGCCCAGACCAGCAAACACAUCAGAGUCAGGUUUCCUAAUUAUUAAUGUUAAUUCAACAUUUUUCUCAAUGAAGAAAAAAACUUAAAAGUAUAGUCCUCCUAGCUGCCAUAGAGCCAAUAAAACAUUGUAUGUAAAUGUUUUUCUUGUACUCUUCCUAGGCAGUCAACAGGUAUUUAUUAAAUGCUUUAAAGAAAACAGUAAUAGAGUAAUUAAGUUCACUAAUUACAUCAAUUAAGAAAUUUCAGAAUCUGUUAAAAUUGAGGCUAAGCAGCUUUAAAAGUAAAAAAUUCCAGAUUAUUACUGAUGGCUUUUUAAAAUAAAAACAACUUUAAAACUUGCUCAGUUUGGGAUAAUAACAAUUGAACAGUCUGGAUUUUGCCCCGUUUACAGUAAAAGUACAUUUCUAAGGAAA